UUUCAUCGUUGUUUCCAGUGGGGAAUCAUUAAAAAGUUGCACAUCCUGUCCAAGUCAUGUGUAGUAAUCUUGCUGCAUGAUAAACACGUUUAAAUGUAUGUUAUUUACGUGAAACAUACUGACGCCGCAUAACAGCUAAGACACUGAGAUUACUGCUUAACAAUGGAUCUGCCUGAAAUACUGAACAGGCUCCAAAUCUCAGGUGAGACAGAAGCCCCAAGUCCCAGCCUGCUCCCGGGACCCCCUGUGGCCACAGUUUUAUCCCAGAUUCAGGAGUUACUCCAAGCCGGGAAGUCCUCCAAAACCAAAGAAGAUAUUCUACAGGACGUCAUGCGCUUAUUCGAAACCGCAGAUAGCCUUUGGCUUUUCUCCAGCUGCUGCCACAGUGAAGGUCCUGACUUGGGUAAAGUGUACGUGGGUUUUACUGGCACGCUUGUCCAGUAUGCUGCACUUCCACACUGUGAGACAGACAGCGGGGAGUUGUGUGAGAGCUGGUAUAGCUCAGUCCCUGGAAAGGCUUGCACUGUGGCUGGCGUGCUUCUCCGGCUGGUGAGGAGGCUUGGAGCCUCUAAUGUUGUACUGCCCUGCGGAAGCACAGCAGCUCCUGUAAGGUCGCUUGUACGCAAGCUGCUGCCCCCUGUCUUUGUGUUUUCUGCUGCACACGUGCAGGGUCUUCCCUGGACCGAUGCGCAGUCAGAGCUUGCUGCACGGGAGCUCCUGGCUGCUUCAGUGCAGACUGCGGGCUGUGAGACUCUAACUGAACUGCUUUGUGGAAAGACAAGCGGUGACGAUGAAGGGAUUUUGGGGCCUGUCUUGGAACUCCUGAAGCCAGAGAUGCAGAAAGAGACCUGGAAGCUGAACCAAGCCACCAAGCACGUGUUCUCGUGGACCCUGAUUCAGGUGAGCCGGCCCUGGCUCUGCUCUUACCUGGACUGGGUCUUUCCCCCGUCGCUGCUCAUCUCUGACGACUACCGCACUGAGAACAAGGUCCUGGGGGUGCACUGCCUGCACCACAUCGUCCUCAAUGUCCCUGCAGCUGCUCUGCGGCAGUUCAACAGAGCCCAGGUGCUGUAUCACGCACUCUUCAACCACCUCUACACACCGGAGGCACAGCUCAUACAGGCUGUUCUUCCCUGUCUCUUAGACCUGCUCUCUGUGCUAGAAAAGCCCCCCCAGAAAGCAGGGGAUCCAAGGAAAGCCACCCGCUAUGAUGAGGUCCUGAGGCUGGUUCUGACUCACAUGGAGAUGGAGCACAAGAUCCCCCUGCGGAGGGUCUACGCCAGGAACAUCCCGCCCUUCAUAGACAGACUGGGAAUUUUGAUUGUUCGUCAUCUGAAACGGCUGGAGAGGGUGAUUGUGGGAUACCUGGAAGUUUAUGACGGACCAGAGGAAGUGGCAAGACUUUACACACUGCAGGCUCUAGAAAACACAAUACAACAUGCCUGGCCUAGAAUGGCUUCCAGGUUGGAUGUGCUUGUGAAGUCCCUGUUGAGGCUGAUUUACGAUGUGUGCACAGACUGCAGCCCCACCCCACAGGCAGUGAAAGAGGACCUGCUGCAGCGAGCAGCGCACUGUCUCAUUCUGCUGCACCGCUGCUGCGACCACGAGCUGCAGACGGUUCUUGCAGGAGUUCACAGCACCUGCCCUGAAGCAAGAGUGUUGGAAUGCAUUGAGAAAAUUCAGCAGGAUGUUCGAAGACAAGAAGCAAAUGUGGAAUGGUCUAACUGAACUGUAAUGUGAAUUAAUGUCUAACCCAGUAGACAGAAUGUCAUUUCUGUGAAAUGGAAACAACUGUAAUUGCACUUAAAAAUAUCUGCUCAGUGAUGUACAGUAGCAUGUGUAUCUCGAGUGCGGAGGACUUGUAACACAAAUAUUGUUGACCUGAUCAACAAAAUAAAAAUGCUUUG